UCCACACUUCUUAUUUCUCCCAGCAGCUGUUUUGUAACUGGGCAGGAAGAGGUGGCUUUGGAUCACUGCGCAGCUUUACAAGAAAACGUGUCCGAGUUCAUGGCAGUAGUAGAAAGCAGCAGCCCAUCUGUUUUUACGCACACCCUGUUCCAGUGAAGGCAGCAGCAGCAGUUCAGAUCAGAUUUCACAUUCAGCUCCGACCAGCUGAGAGACACAGCCAGAGAGCGGGAGGGCUCCUUUCUCCGCUUUCCCCUCACAUACCCCCUCCGUGCUCGGCGAGGAGCAGCGGGUGCGUGGCGCAAACGUGAACGCACCGCCGGGAUUUUCCCCUCCUUCUUUUUCUUUUAUGUAUUUUUGCAGGAUUUCAGCAACGAGAGCGCCUCAGAGAAUUAGAUAGAGGGAAGAAGAGAUGGACGAGCAGCCGAGGUUGAUGCACUCUCACACAGGGGUAGGCAUGGCAGGGCACCCCGGCCUGCCGCAGCAUAUGCAGGAAGGCACCGGAGGAACGGACGGCGACGGCAGGAAACAGGACAUUGGAGACAUUUUACAGCAAAUUAUGACCAUCACGGAUCAAAGUCUAGACGAAGCCCAAGCCAGGAAACACGCUCUGAACUGUCACAGAAUGAAGCCAGCGCUUUUCAACGUCCUGUGCGAAAUCAAAGAGAAAACAGUGCUGAGUAUCCGCGGCGCCCAGGAAGAGGAGCCCCCCGAUCCUCAGCUCAUGCGGCUGGACAACAUGCUGCUGGCAGAGGGCGUAUCUGGUCCUGAGAAAGGCGGAGGCUCCGCGGCGGCGGCGGCUGCAGCGGCGGCCUCAGGAGGAGCGGGGGCCGACAACUCUGCAGAGCACUCUGACUACAGAGCCAAGCUGUCCCAGAUCAGACAGAUCUACCACACGGAGCUGGAGAAGUACGAACAGGCGUGUAACGAGUUCACCACUCAUGUGAUGAACCUGUUGCGGGAGCAGUCGCGCACACGGCCAAUCUCACCCAAAGAGAUCGAGCGCAUGGUGAGCAUCAUCCACCGCAAGUUCAGCUCCAUCCAGAUGCAGCUCAAACAGAGCACCUGCGAGGCUGUCAUGAUCCUGCGCUCCCGCUUCCUCGAUGCCAGACGGAAAAGACGGAACUUCAACAAGCAGGCAACAGAGAUCCUGAAUGAGUAUUUCUACUCACACCUCAGUAACCCUUACCCCAGUGAGGAGGCUAAAGAAGAGUUGGCAAAGAAGUGCGCCAUCACAGUGGCCCAGGUUUCCAACUGGUUUGGGAAUAAAAGAAUCAGAUACAAGAAAAACAUUGGUAAGUUCCAAGAAGAAGCCAACAUGUACGCUGCAAGAACUGCCGUGAAUGCGGCUAAUGCAUCCUCACAUGGAAGCCAAGCAAAUUCACCCUCAACUCCAAACUCUGCAGGUUCUGCUGGCUCUUUUAACAUGUCAAACUCCGGGGAUUUGUUCAUGAGCGUGCAGUCUCUCAAUGGGGACUCGUACCAGGGGGCUCAGGUGGGAGCCAACGUGCAGUCACAGGUGGAUACCCUUCGCCAUGUUAUCAGUCAGACAGGCGGAUACAGUGAAGGACUCACAGCCAACCAGAUGUACAGUCCGCAGGGCAUCAAUGCAAACGGUGGCUGGCAGGAUGCUCCGACCCCCUCAUCAGUGACUUCACCCACAGAAGGACCGGGAAGCGUUCACUCUGACACCUCCAACUGAUCCUCCACCCCCUCACUCCACCGUCCUCUGCUUCCUUCCUUCCUCCAGCACUGCACCCCCAGCCACGUCUCCCAAAACGUAAUCCCCGACCCACCUGGGACUGAACGUGAUGUACUGUAUGUAGUCACACUGCGGGACACACUCUGGGGUCUGGGAUGACAUUUUCACCAUUACGAACAAAAAUUUCACUUCUCCUAUUUGGACCACCACCGCACCGUUAGCAGCCUGCGUAGGGGACUCAUGUCCACUCUCACAGUUUGUACAGUUUCCACUUGAUGUCCAUGUUGCCUCAUUGUAUUUCUCUUACAUUAUAUAUUCACACAUUAGGCACAGUUAGCAGCAUAUCGCCCCAUGUCUUGUAAAUUGAAAUGCUUUCACACUACCUCUUUUCAAAAUAACAACAGAGCAAACAACAUUUCAGAUGCUUCAGUUUUACAAAUUUUUAUAAUUAUUGGAAUUUUACUGUUCAACACACCACCCUGCCAUCACACCUCUGUCUUCAUAUGUACUCACAUGUUUUUGUUUGUCUAUAGUGCCAAAGUUCAGCCCUGGAGGUGAAUUUUGAUAAUGUUACGUCACAUGUUUUUAUGUCACGUCCUUACAUUUUUCAAGUCAUACUUUGUGAGGUGUUAAUAUGUUAGUCCAGUAAUAUUAGUCAGGUAAUAUCCAAGUAUUCAGCCUCAAUUUAUAUAGUUUGUAUUCAAAACUUCUACGACAGACAGUGACAUAUAAGGCAUUUUAUAUUUUAUUGCCAGAAUAGUAGGUUUUCUGCUCAUAUGCAGCAUAGAAACGCAAAGAAUUCACAAUUUUUACACAAGCAAAUAAUAAAUUGAGUGUGACUCACAAAGGGAGUUCUGUAGUAGUUCUGUCACACACGUUGGCUGCAUCAACGAUAUUCAAAGAAAAAUUGACCUGAAACAGUAAAUCGACGACAGCAUCAGAAGCAUUAAAGCACAAUAACACCUAAUGAUUGAAGUCAAAGGGGAGCAUUUGUAAAUGUCCAGGAGAAAACAGUACAGGGGAAAUUUUAACAUAUAACUGUAGGAGUCAUAUAUGGAAGAAAGAGUACAAACGGUACAUUGUCAAACAUCGUCAGUGUGUGUCAGUGAGAUCAGUGUAGCCAAAUACUGCUGGAAACCAAAUCCAGAACCAGAUCAGCGUAUGGCUUUUCUCUGACUUAACGUUUCAUUCAUGGAGUUCCAUCUGUGUCUCAGUCCUGAGAACGCGAUGGGACAUUUCGAACAGAAUAGGUUUUUGUUUGCUCAAAUUAAAUUAUCCUUCACGAUAAGAACUUUUCUACACAAUAUGCUCCGCGUGCGAGCUGGAAACCAUCGCGUGCUCAGGAUCAAGGCACGAAGAAAAGCCCACAUGCAUUCAGAGCCGCACACCCCGUUCACUGAAAACAUCAGAGACCGUGUUUGAAGUGGAUCAACACUUUGUGCUUUAUUUUAAAAUGACACUAAACACUCCACAUCCAUCAACACGAACCGAUCCAAAAUGUGAAACUAGAUUUGUGACUUUUGUUGUAUGUACAGUAUAGUAUGUGGUCUAACAUGUAUACAUGAUUACAAUAGUCCUCAUGAGAUAUCAGCAUUUACAUACUUUGAUACCAAAAAAAUGGCAGAAUUUUUCUCCUCUUACAUUUGGAAUCAGCUUUAUCAACAUUUUCUUUUCCUCUUUUCAUAGGAUUAUGGAUUAUUAUCUGUGGUACCAGUGAGCAGCUCAUAAUGCUCUAGUACUCUGUAUUCAAAGCCAAAAAAUGCAGUUGGAAUACAUUAGUGUUUAUAUGAAUUAAAUGGAAAAAUACCCUGAUGGCACACAGAUCCAGAUGAUGUUUGGAUAUAUUUUUAUGUCUCCAUUUUGUGAAUAACUCAUUAUUUUCUGUUUUAGUUUUCAUAUUAUUUUGCUUUGCUACAGGACUAUGUUUCUUUUUUUAAUGCUACCAUUAUAUGUGAAUUAGCUCAAGAAUGCUCUAUAUACAGUAUGUAGAUAUGCACCUUUACUCUUCUUUUACAUCUUUGUAUUUGGACAGUAGCCAGUUCCUGUUGGAUUUCAGGUGAAGUCCUUCCUGUUAUUACUCGACCACGGACUCGAGCCUCCCUCCGAGACAGCUACUGUCCAGAUGAAGGUGACGUGAAAAGUUAGCGUUAACUUUGCCCUCUGACGUCGUUUUUUGCUCAGCUGACCCGUGACAGAAAACAAAACCCGGUCCUGAGAUCCCAACCAGGCACAAAACAGACCAAACAAAACCACAGGAGUUUCUUAGCAGUUGUCAGUGUGUUUGUGUUUAUCACACGUAUGAAAUCAUGGAUGUUUGGGAGCCACAGUGUGGGAGUCAGCCACGGCGUGAUUAUACCAAACAAACUCAUUUGGAUCAUUGAGAGCGGCUCCUCUGCUCAGUAUGACCGUCGAGGGGCCGUGACACGCAGACCCUGCCUCAGACGUGUCUUCUGAAGUCACUGGAGUGAACUGACAGCACCGGCCAUGCACGGCAAACACAAGCAUUGUUUUUUUCACCCCAUAAAAAAAAGGCUUAACUCUACUUUUCACAUCGCCUGUCAAAUAUUAUGGAAGCUUCAUGUAAUGACGCUUUUUAGUUUUUGAAUAUAAAAGGAAAAGAGACAUGAAAAGAAAAAUGAACAAUUUGUAAAACAUAAAAUGUUUUAUUUGUUGCAUGUCUUUUUGUUCUUCAAUAAAAUAAUGUACUGCAGUGUUUUGAAUGUUAACUUCUUUUUUAUAAGGAUUUCAGAGUGAAAUCGUGGAGCCUUUUUCUUGACAGGUUUUAACUUUUAAGAUCUCUGCGUAUGUAAAAAGAUAUCAAAUGGAAAACUAUUGUCUUUUUAAUUCCAAUCUAAAACCUGUUUUCUGUGGAGAAAAAUAGCUGAAAGGUGUAGGUUUUCUGGUCUCUUAAUUUGUACUGGCAAUGCGUAUCCCAAAUAAAUAG